CAAACUAACAUCUUUGACACUACCAGAACAUGUUUCCAUCAACAGGUGAAAAUGGCAAGUGUGAAACGGAAGUGGCAAAUUUUUCCUGGUCGCAACAAGUUUUGUUGUGAUGGUCGUAUUAUGAUGGCACAGCAAACUGGUAUCUUUUAUUUCACUGUUGGGCUUAUUGUUGUCACAAAUGUUCUCUUCUUCAUCUUUGACUGUCCCUUCUUGGCACAACACUUGACACCAGCCAUCCCUGCAUUUGGGGCCCUCUUAUUUAUCUUCGUUAUGUCUUCACUCUUCCACACUUCCUUCACUGACCCAGGCAUAAUUCCAAGAGCCACUGCUGAUGAGGCUAUCUACACUGAGAAACAGAUUGAGGUGCCCAACUCUGGUAAUGGUCCCAGACUCCGCCCUCCACCUCGCACUAAAGAAAUUGUUGUAAAUGGUGUAACAGUGAAACUAAAAUACUGUUUUACAUGCAAAAUAUUCCGACCACCCAGAGCAUCUCAUUGUUCAAUCUGCGACAAUUGUGUUGAACGAUUUGAUCAUCAUUGUCCAUGGGUUGGAAAUUGUGUUGGCAGGAGAAAUUACAGAUAUUUUUAUCUUUUCAUCAUAUCUCUUGCCUUUCUCUGUGUAUUUAUCUUUUCAUGCGUUAUUGCGCACCUCGUCUUAUUCAUGAAAGAGAGUUCAACUUUCUUGGAUGCAGUGCAGAAGAAUCCUGCAUCAGUCAUAGAGGGUGUCAUAUGUUUCUUUUCUGUGUGGUCAAUCCUAGGGCUAGCAGGAUUUCACACCUACCUCACAACAUCAAAUCAAACUACAAAUGAGGAUAUUAAAGGUUCGUUCACUGCACGCCGAGGACAGGCAAACUUUAAUCCAUAUGGUUAUGGUAACUUCUGCCUGAAUUGCCUAGCAGUAUUGUGUGGCCCAGUCCAACCCAGUCUUAUAGAUCGACGGGGUGUUGUAACACUUGAGUACCUGACACACACACAAGGUAAAGUAACUGAGAAUCAGUUACCUUCCAGGAGUUAUGGAACAGUGUACACAGCUCAGCCCACGAAUGGCAUUGUGCCUCAGCGGGCUAGUUCAGAGAAACCAGUGGGGACGCAAGCCAGCGUUGGGGGUAUGGUGGGCAUUAGUAGUACUAGUGCAAGCACCACGGAUCCUGGUGUGGCAGGCUCUUUAAAAAAGAAGUCAACUUCAACACAGUCAAUUAAUGGAAAAGAUGCAGCAAAUAGUAAUCAGACAGGUCCCACAUCCCUCAUCAGUCCUCUUCAUGCAACUGUGGGCUCUGUGUUAUCUCCUGCAGCAGUUCAUCAACCACAGACCAGCCCUGGGGAAAAUACAAUCACUGCGAACAGUACAAGUGUUGCCACCAGUGUCAGUGUAGGGGCUACAACAGGGGUGUCCACCAGCCAGUUGUAUCUUCUAGACAGCUCCUAUGAUCUCGAUUUGGACUCUAUAGAUGGUUCUGUAUCACAGCCCUCACACUCAGAGUCAUCACAGUUAGGACUAAUUCACAAUAAUGCUGUGUAGCUCAGUGAUAAUGUAACAGAAUAUCUUCCCAAAUGUGAUACCUGGAGCAGUGUGUGGCAUGUGCCAGGAUUUGUGUACUGACAAGAGUCCUCCUUGAGCAAUGUAUAUUUUUAUUAUAAUCUCAGUGAUAUAGUUCAAUAGUUGUUGGAUCUAUAGACGAAUUUGUUAUCAGUAUAAAUGAGACUGUUUCCUAGCUUAUACUUUUUUUUUUUUUAAUAAUUGUAUCAUAGAAAACUAGGGAAGUAAAUGGUUAAGGAAUUAUGAAAAAGAGAGAGUGAACCAGUAUGAAAAAACAGCUGGUAUCAUUAUUGAAAAUUAGACUUGAAUCGGUUAAGAGUGUAAUUAAAUUUAGGUUGCACAAUUAAACCCUUUCGUACAUCAAAGUUUGCGUCAUGAUUUUAUAUGUAAUUACCUAUUUGUGUACAAGCAAGGAUGUGUACAGCAUUACCAGUUGAAAGACAUUCAUUUAUCUGAAUACAGUACUUUGUUUAGCUGUGUUUGUCUGUAUAGAUUUUAAAUUUCUGCAGGUGUAUAUUUGCAUGUGAUGUGCGUAUGCAUCCAUACGUGUGUGUGUUGCACGUAUGCGUGCGCAUGUGCACCUGUGUGUGCUUGUGUGCCUUUGUGUGUGUGCUCUCACCUAUAUGUGGUUGCAGGGGUCGAGUCACAGCUCCUUGCCCCACCCCUUUGCUGAUUGCACUCAAGAGUCUUAUUGUACCUCUUCUUAAAGCUAUGUGUGGAUUGUGCCUCUAUUGCUAUGCUCUCCAGAUUGUUCCACUUCAUGACAGUUCUAAGGCUGACUUAAUAUUUCCUAACAUCCCUUUGACUCGUCUGAAUUUUCAACUUCCAGUUGUGUCCUCUUGUUCUUGUAGCCCAUCUCUGAAACAUUCUGGUCUGUUCACCUUGUCAAUUCCUCUCGGUAUUUUAUACGUUGUUAUUGUCCCCCCCCCCCAUUGUUUCUGUUCUUGUAGGACAUAAUCCUUAGCUCUGAGACCAGUUGCAAACUUUUGUACUUUUUCUACUUUUCUGAUGUGCUUGACCAGGUGUGGGUUCCAUACUGGUGCUGCAUACUCCAGUAUGGGCCUGACGUACACUGUGUACAGUGUCGUGAAUGACUCCUUACUACUGUGCAUACUAUAUAUACAGGACAAAUUCUAAUAUCAGUCCAGCCCUGAAGCACUUUCUUGAUAAUUGCAGUGGAACUCAUUGGCAUAAUACUAGACACAGAAAUCCUCUAUGAUGUUUGCCCUGUCUGCCUUAACCUUUGUAGAAAGUCAGUGCAUAAAAUCUGGAACUUUUAACCUGAAAGCUCCAGAAUCUCUAUCUGCCAGCCGCUUCAAAGCUGCUGUUAAAAAACGCCUUACACCAGUGUGAUAAAACAAUAUUGCUGAUCAGUUCUUUCAGCCUGCAUUGUCCCUGUCCUUGUUUAUUAUUCCUUCAACUUAUGUAACUAGUCUCACCCCUUAUACAUGUAUAUCAUCAGUUAUUUUUUUUAUUAUGAAAUACCUUCAAUAUUUUAAAAAUUAUGUAUUCCUUUUCUCAGAUAAUUGUAAUCCUAAUUUAGUUUUAACCCUUUCAGGGGGGUCCAGAGGCUAAAUCUCAGAGUGACAGCCAGGGUCCAAGAAUUUUUGAAAAAAAAAAAAAUCUUAAAGAAUUAAAGAUAAUACUCUUCUAUACAGUGCCAGCACUCUGAAGGAGGGGUGUUAAUGUUGCAGUUUUAUAAGUGUAGUGUAAGCAUGCCUCUGGCAAGACAGUGAUGGAGUGAAUGAUGAAAGUUUUUCUUUUUUGGGCCAUCCUGCCUUGGUGGGAAACUGCCAGUGUGUUAAUAAAUAAUAAAAAAGUAUAAUUUUUCUGUAGGUAAUAAAACACAAAAAAUUCUUUUACAUCAGUAUUUCCAGGAUAUAGAUGCGUGAAGUUGACCCUCAAUGACCAGGUGGCAGCAACAUCCGGUUUCCGUUCUUCGGGUUGCCGGUGUUGCUAUAGCAAACCCUCUUUACGUUGCCACCGAAAUUGGUAAUCAUCUUGUCUGUAUCUCUCGAGGGCUCCAUCUAUGCCCCUCGUUUCUUUCUUCCAAGUUUGCCAGAGAGUUGGAGUCUUCAAACUUUUCCAUAUACAUAUAUUCAGCUGCCUCUCCUGCAACUCUCUCUUGCCUUAAUCUCAUCCAUCACCAGGGAUUAUGUUUAUGCCUCAGUGCUUUUCGCUCUUCACCAAUUGAGAGCCUCUGUGCAGGGGGCAAAUAUUCCAUCCUUGUCCAAUCUCUGUGAUGCUCAUUGCCUUUGCUAUUAUGUUUGCUCUCAUGACCUCUGCAAUCCUUCCAUAUAUAGGAUAGUCACUGAUGUUAGAAGACGUUCUUUAUUUGUUUGUCGCCCCUGUUUACUCCAUCCCUUUUCUCUUUGCCUACAUUUGCUCAUCUUCUCUUCAGUUACCACAUUUCAAUGUUCAUGUAGCAUCUCACUUUUCCCUACCCCCUUGGGAAGUUCUGACGGUUCAUGGCUGUUCUUUUUCACUGCCAUGCGCAAAAGCUCAACUGCCUAUGGUGGCUUCUUGCUCUCUUUUUUCUUAACCACUUUUGAUCUCAUUCUCAUGCCAUCGCAGUGUACACCGAUAGUGCCAAGUCUUCUGACGGCAUCGGAUUUGCAGCAGUGUUUCCAGACAGCAUCGUGCGAGGGCAUUUAUAAUCCUCGGCUAGCAUUUUUAUGGCUGAAUUGUAUGCCAUUCUCAUAGCACUUAACCAUAUUGCAUCUAUGCCUGUGUCACCAUUUGUGGUCGUUUCAGACUCCCUUAGUGCUUUACAGGCUACAAAAAAAUUUGAUGCACCUCAUCCCCUGGUUCUUCACAUCAAACUUUGGUUACACCUGUAUCUCUAGCAAGCACAAAGAUAUUGUUUUUUGUUGAGUCUCUGGUCAUGUUGACAUACAGGGCAGUGAACAGGCAGACACUGCUGUGCAGUCAGCAGUACAUGACCUCCCAGUUUCAUAUAGAGGUGUUCCAUUCACAGACUAUUUUGCUGUAAUUGCUACCGUCCCAUCAGACUAACAACGUUAGUCUGAUCUUCUACAUAACAAACUACAUUCUAUUAAACCAAGUCUUACUCAUGGGUAUCUCAUGGAGAGGUGCCCUGUUCCACUCUGUGAGAAUUGUCAGGUUCCAGUUUCUGUUAGCCAUAUUCUGUUGGAGUGCCCACUCUAUCAACGAGCACACAGAAUUUACCUCCAACAUCAUCACAGCUCUACUGCCCUUGCUUUACCUUCCCUUCUUGCUGAUGGACCCUCCUUUAACCCAGACACUCUCAGUGACUUUGACAGCAACUAAUUUACUGCACAAACUCUGAUGAGGAUGCCUCUAGCACUCCUCACAGCCCUUUCUACCUCAAUCUCUUGCUACCUUUCCCCCCUGCAUUAUCCACUGCCCUGCUGUACUCCAUGACCUAAUAAUAAUUCCUCUCCAUUUUGCUACCCAAUACCCCUGCACCCUUCCCUGCCCUACUGCGCUGUAUGACCCUUGUAGGUUUAGCGUUUCUUUUUUAUUAUAAUAAUAAUAAUAUCUCUCUGUACACAAACAUACAUAAUCACCUAACUGUGGUUGCAGGGGUUGAGUCAUAGCCCCUGGCCCCCGCCUCUUCACUGGUCACUACUAGGUCCACUAUCCUUGCUCCAUGUGCUUUAUCAUACCUCUUUUUAUAGUUUUCAACUUCAAGUUGUGACCCCUUGUUGCUGUCACAUCUCUGAAACAUUCUGUCCCUGUCCACCUUGUCAGUUCCUCUCAGUAUUUUUUGUUGCUGUUGUUAUCAUGUACCCCCUAUCCCUCCUGUCUUCUAAUGUUGUCAAGUUGAGUUCCCUUAACCUCUCCUCAUAGGACAAACCCCUCAGCUCCAUGACUAGUCUUGUUGCAAACCUUUGCAUUUCCUCUAAUUUCUUGAGAUGUUUGACAAGGUUUUGGUUCCAUACUGGUGCUGCAUACUCCAAUAUGGGCCUGACAUACACAGUGUAGUGAAUGACUCCUUACUUAGAUGUUGAAACGCUAUCCUCAGGUUUGCCAAGCGCCCCGUAUACUGCAGCAGUUAUUUGGUUGACGUGUGCCUCAGGAGAUGUGCUCAGUAUGAUUGUUUUCCUUGAGUGAGUUUUGCAACCUCUGACCUCUUCGGCUGUACUCCAUCUGCAGUCUCCUGUGUCCUUCCCCAAGCUUCAUAACUUAGCACUUGCUGGGGUCAAACUCCAGGAGCCAUUUGUCAGACCAGGCUUGCAGCUUAUCCAGAGCCCCUUGUAAGCUUAACCUGUUUCUUGUCCGCUUGUAGGUUUAACACUUCUUUUUGAUUAUAAUAAUAAUUGUCCGCUUGUUUUCUCCUCAUUAGUUUUACAUCGUCUGCGAACAGGGACACCUUUGAUCCUAUCUCUUCCAUCAUGUCAUUCACAUAUGCAAGAAACAGCACUAGACCAAGGACUGAACCUUGUGGAAGCCCACUCGGACACAUGCACCCACUGUGACACCUCAUCUCAGACUGACACACGUUGUUUCCUUCCUGUCAGAUAUUCCGUGAUUUAUUGCAGUACUUUCCCUCCUAUUCCUGCCUGCUCCUCUAGUUUUUCAACCAGUCUUUUGUGUGGUACUGUGUCAAAAGCCUUCUUACAGUCCAAGAAGAUGCAGUCUACUCAUUCCUCUCUCUCUCUCUCUCUCCUGUCUUACUUCUGUUACUCCAAUAGGUUUGUGAUGCAAGAUUUCCAUUCCCUGGAGUUGUGCUGGUUGUCAUGUACGAGUGUAUUCCAUUCUAGGUGCUCCACCACUCUUUUUUUUUCUGAUAAUCUUCUCUAUAACUUUAUGUACAAAACAUGUCAGCAGCACUGGUCUAAUUUAGUACAACCUGUUUCCUUUCUUAAAAAUCAGGACUACAUUUGCUGUCUUGCACACCUCAGGCAGUUGUUCUUGUUAGUGGCGCACACAGUGCAUCUGCUCCCUCUCUCAGGGCCCAAGGAGGGAGAUUAUCUGGGUCCACCACCUUCGAGGUAUCUAGUACCCCUAGCAGUUUCUUCACCUCCUCCUCUGUUGUGUGCAGUGUGUCCAUCACUUGCUGGUGCACCCUACCACCUCAGUUUGCUGGAAGCCUUUCUGUCUCCACUGUGAACACCUCCCUAAAUUGCAAGCUGAGCUCUUCACAUAUUUCCUGGUCAUUCCCUGUGAGCUCCCCUCCUUCCUUCCUCAGCCUUAUUACCUGGUCCUUGACUUGUUUUCUUCUUGAUGUGGCUGUAUAACAACUUGGGUCAGAUUUGGCUUUUUGAUACUAUGUCAUUCUUAUAUUGAUGCUGGCUUCUCUCCUUACCCAAGUAUAUUCAUUUCUGGCUCUUCGGCUCAACUCCUUGUUUUCCUGGGUCCUUUGCCUGCUAUACUUUUUCCAUACUCUAGCACACUUGGCUUUGGCCUCUCAACACCUCCAGGUACACCAUGGGCUCACUCUGGUCUUCCCGUUGUUUCUGUUGCCCCUUGGUACGAACUUCUCCACUGCCUCCCAGCACUUUGUGGUCAUGUGCUCAAUCAUUUCAUUUAUUGUCUUUCCCUCUAGCUCACUUACCCACUGCACUUCAUGUAGAAAUUGCCUCAUACUUGUGUAGUCCCUUUCUUGGAAGUUUGGCUUCUCCUGUCCUUCUUGUGCUGCUUCACUCUCCCUUGUUAUCUCUACUAUGUAUUCGAAACUUAAGACCAUGUGAUCACUAGCACCUAGGGGCCUUUCAUGUGUGAUAUCUCGAGUCUGAACUGCUCAAGGUGAAUACGAGGUCCAGCCUUGCUGGUUCAUCAUCUGUUUUUUUUUUUCUGUGCGUGUUUGCAUGCAAACACGUGUGUGUGUGUGUGUGUGUGUGUGUGUGCACGUGUGUGUGUGUGUGCGUGUGCGCGUGUGCGUGCGUGCGUGUGUGUGUGUGUGUGCCUGUGUGUGCCUGUGUGUGUGCCUGUGUGUGUGCGUGUGUGUGUGUGCAUGUGUGUGUGUGUGUGUGCAUGCAUGCAUGCAUACGUGUGCAUGCAUACAUGCACAAAAAUGUAUAUUUAUACGUAUUUCCAUUAACUGUACAUUUAAAUAACAUGACAACAUGUAUAUCUUUGUGAAUAUCUUCAUUUAAAAUUUUUAGUCAUGUUUAAUUUGUAUAUUAAUGACUCAAUUCAUAUGUAGUUGACUCUCUCUUGAAGCUCCUCUGUUUAGUGUAGUUUUUCAUAAAUGCAGUUGAAAAGUACAUCUGGUAUUGAAUGUGAGUGAAGAAGCUUUCAUAGCACCUACUAUUCAAUUUUGGAUUUUCUCUGAAUUGCAUUUAUAAAAAAUUGCACUAUAUAAAAGAGCUUUAUGAGAGUUUAUUGUAAUACAAUUAAAAUCAAGAUACUGUGUCCUGAGUUUAAGCGACCAAAGUUUUGUGUGAAGCACCUUGUGCUCUAGCAUGUAUGAAGUCUUGACAAAGAAGUAAUUUAUUAAUGUAGAAGUUUCUGGUAAAACAUUAGCAUUUAUGGCAUUUGCAGAUUUAAAAGCAUAACUGUUGACAGAAAGCUGAAAGUUUUGUAAGACUGGUAAGUGUUGUUCUUUUUUCUAUACUCUGUUGUACAUAAGGAAAUUUUCCAAAAUAUGUGAGCGCUUCAUUAUUGUGCCUCAAGAUCAAGUAGGUAGAAAUGGUGUCUUUUAUUGUUGUCUACAAUGUUUUCAUGUACCCUAUCGCCAGGUCAAACUUUUUGUGCAUGUUUGUGAUUUACAGAUUAAUUAGUUUAUUUUUUUGGGGGGAUUUUUAAAGUGGUAAAUCAUUAAAGUGCAAGCACUGUACCAUAUUGUGAAUGUAUAUCAGGGUUUCGGUAAUGUGCCACAUUUGGCAAGCAGAAUUUUCAUUACAGCCUCUCCUCACUUAGUGACAUACUCGUUUACCGAAGCCUUAGACUUACGACGGGCUCUCUGACUAGUAUUUAUACCUUUUUUUUUUUUUUUUUUUUUUUUUUCAACAAGUCGGCUGUCUCCCACCGAGGCAGGGUGACCCAAAAAGAAAGAAAAUCCCCAAAAAGAAAAUACUUUCAUUGUCAUUCAACACUUUCACCUCACUCACACAUAAUCACUGUUUUUGCAGAGGUGCUCAGAACACAACAGUUUAGAAGCAUAUACGUAUAAAGAUACACAAUAUAUCCCACCAAACUGCUAAUAUCCCAAAACCCCUCCUUUAGAGUGCAGGCAUUGUACUUCCCAUUUCCAGGACUCGAGUCCGGCUAUAUAAAAAUAACGGGUUUCCCUGAAUCCCUUCACUAAAUAUUACCCUGCUCACACUCCAACAGAUUGUCAGAUCCCAAAUACCAUUCAUCUCCAUUCACUCCUAUCGAACACGCUCAUGCAUGCCUGCUAGAAGUCCAAGCCCCUCGCCCACAAAACCUCCCUUACCCCUUUCUUCCAACCUUUUCGAGGACGACCCCUACCUCGCCUUCCUUCUCCUACAGAUUUAAAUGCUCUCCAUGUCAUUCUACUUUGAUCCAUUCUCUCUAAAUGACCAAACCACCUCAACAACCUCUCUUCAGCCCUUUGACUAAUACUUUUAUUAACUCCACACCUUCUCUUAAUUUCCACACUCCGAAUUUUCUGCAUAAUAAUUUACACCACACAUUGCCCUGACAGGACAUCUCCACUGCCUCCAACUGCCUCCUCACUGCUGCAUUCACAACCCAAGCUUCACACCCAUAUAAGAGUGUUGGUACUACUAUACGUUCAUACAUUCCCUUCUUUGCCUCCAUAGAUAACGUUUUUUUGACUCCUCACAUACCUCAAUGCACCACUCGCCUUUUUUCUUUCAUCAGUUCUUUGAUUAACCAUACUCCUCCUCCCCAAUUUGAUAUCCAAUUUUUCUUUAUCUAAAUCAUUUGAUACCCUCAUCACCUUACUCUUUUCUAUGUUCACUUUCAACUUUCUACCUUUACACACACUCCCAAACUCAUCCACUAACCUUUGCAAUUUUUCUUUAGAAUCUCCCAAAAGCACAGUACCAUCAGCAAAAAGUAACUGUGUCAAUUCCCAUUUUGUAUUUGAUUCCCCAUAAUUUAAUCCCACCCCUCUCCCGAACACCCUAGCAUUUACUUCCUUUACAACCCCAUCUAUAAAUAUAUUAAACAACUAUGGUGACAUUACACAUCCCUGCCUAAGACCUACUUUUACCGGGAAGUAGUCUCCCUCUCUUCUACACACCCUAACCUGAGCCUCACUAUCCUCAUAAAAACUCUUUACAGCAUUUAGUAACUUACCACCUAUUCCAUAUACUUGCAACAUCUGCCACAUUGCUCCUCUAUCUACUCUAUCAUAUGCCUUUUCUAAAUCCAUAAAUGCAAUAAAAACUUCCCUACCUUUAUCUAAAUACUGUUCACAUAUAUGCUUCAAUGUAAACACUUGAUCUACACAUCCCCUACCCACUCUGAAACCUCCUUGCUCAUCCACAAUCCUACAUUCUGUCUUACUUCUAAUUCUUUCAAUAAUAACCCUACCGUACGGUUUUCCUGGUAUACUCAAUAAACUUAUUCCUCUAUAAUUUUUACAACCUCUUUUGUCCCCUUUCCCUUCAUAUAAAGGGACUAUACAUGCUCUCUGCCAAUCCCUAUGUACCUUCCCCUCUUUCAUACAUUUAUUAACCCAUAAAUGGUCCAAGCAGAUCUACGUUCACAUGUGUAGUGCUACAAAAGUAGAUCUACGUUUUUUUUACAUAUUUUCAAAUAUAACAAAAAAACAAGUAGAUCAAAGUUUUUUACAAAUUUUCAAAUGUAAGAAAACAAAAAGAAGAUCUACUUUUUUUACAUACUUUCAAAUGUUGAAAAAACGUAUAUGUACGUUUGGACUGUUUACGGGUUAAACAAAAGUACCAACCACUCCAACACUAUAUCCCCCCCUGCUUUUAACAUUUCUGUCAUGAUCCCAUCAGUUCCAGCUGCUUUACCCCCUUUCAUUCUGCGUAAUGCCUCACGUACCUCCACCACACUUACAUUCUGCUCUUCUUCACUCCUAAAAGAUGGUAUACCUCCCUGGCCAGUGCAUGAAAUUACCGCCUCCCUUUCUUCCUCAACAUUUAAAAGUUCCUCAAAAUAUUCUCGCCAUCUACCUAAUACCUCCCUCUCCCCAUCUACUGACUCCCCUACUCUGUUUUUAACUGACAAAUCCAUACGUUCCCUAGGCUUUCUUAACUUGUUUAACUCACUCCAAAGUUUUUUCUUAUUUUCAUUAAAAUUUCUUGACAGUGCCUCUCCAAUCUUUCAUCUGCUCUCCUUUUGCACUCUCUCACCACUCUCCACCUUUCUUUUACUCUCCAUAUACUCUGCUCUUCUUAUAACACUUAUGCUUUGUAAAAACCUCUCAUAAGCUACCUUUUUCUCUUUUAUCACACCCUUUACUUCAUCAUUCCACCAAUCACUCCUCUUUCCUCCUGCCCCCACCCUCCUAUAACCACAAACUUCUGCCCCCACAUUCUAAUACUGCAUUUUUAAAACUCAUCCAACCCUCUUCAACCCCCCCCCCCACUACUUAUCUUUAUACUAGCCCACCUUUCUGCCAAUAGUCGCUUAUAUCUCGCCCGAACUUCCUCCUCACUUAGUUUAUACACUUUCACUUCCCUCCUACUUGUUGUUGCCACCUUCCUCUUUUCCCAUCUACCUCUUAUUCUAACUGUAGCUACAACUAAAUAAUGAUCCGAUAUAUCAGUUGCCCCUCUAUAAACAUGUACAUCUUGGAGCCAACCCAUUAACCUUUUAUCCACCAAUACAUAAUCUAACAAACUACCUUCAUUAUGUACUACAUCAUACCUUGUAUAUUUAUUUAUCCUCUUUUUCAUAAAAUAUGUAUUACUUAUUACCAAAUUUCUUUCUACACAUAGCUCAAUUAAAGGCUCCACAUUUACAUUUACCCCUGGCACCCCAAAUUUACCUACUACUCCCUCCAUAACAUUUUUACCCACUUUAGCAUUGAAAUCCCCAACCACAAGUACUCUCACACUUGGUUCAAAACUCCCCACGUAUUCACUCAACAUUUCCCAAAAUCUCUCUCUUUCUCCUCUACACUUCUCUCUUCUCCAGGUGCAUAUACACUUACUAUGACCCACUUUUCACAUCCAACCUUUAUUUUACUCCACAAAAUCCUUGAAUUUAUACAUUUAUAGUCCCUCUUUUCCUGCCAUAUCUUAUCCUUCAACAUUAUUGCUACUCCUUCUUUAGCUCUAACUCUUUUUGAAACCCCUGACCUAAUCCCAUUUAUUCCUCUCCACUGAAACUCUCCCACCCCCUUCAGCUUUGUUUCACUUAAAGCCAGGACAUCCAGCAUCUUCUCAUUCAUAACAUCCACAAUCAUCUCUUAUCAUUUGCACAACAUCCACACACAUUCAGACUUCCCACUUUGACAAUUUUCUUCUUAUUCUUUUUAGUAAUCUUUACAGGGAAAGGGGUUACUAGCCCAUUGUUCCCGGCAUUUUAGUUGACUUUUACAACACGCAUGUCUUACGGAGGAAAGAUUCUUAUUCCACUUCCCCAUGGAUAUAAAAGGAAAAGUAAUAAGACCAAGAACUAUUAAGAUAAAAUCAAAGAAAACUCAUAUGAGUGUGUAUAAAUAAAUGUGUACAUGUAUGUGUAGUGUGACCUAAGUGUAAGUAGAAGUAGCAAGACAUACCUGUAAUCUUGCAUAUUUAUGAGACAGACAAAAAAAAAAAAAAACACCAGCAAUCCUACCAUCAUGUAAAACUAUUACAGGCUUUUGUUUUACAUUCACUUGGCAGGACGGUAGUACCUCCCUGGGUGGUUGCUGUCUACCAACCUACUACUACUAAAUAAUGUAUAUUAGAGCUGAUUUCCUCAAUCCUGUUUAUUACAAUAUACAGUACACUGCUGUAUAAACAUUUAAAAAUAUACCAGAAAUGUUAUAAAUGGUGUAAAGGUGACAUUAAAACAGUAUAAAAGAUGGUUGACACAAAUCCACUACCAUUAUAAUAUGCUCCUCGUUUAGUGAUGAAUUCAUUUACCCACGGGGUCUUAGGUCCCUAUCUCUGUCGUUAAGCUAGGAGAGGCUGUAUCAUAAUGUUGCUCUGUGCUUGGUAUCUGAUGGCUUUUUCUGAAGAUUCUAAAUUUUAUUUAAACAUGCCUGUUAUUCAGAAGUAUUAAGAUUGUUCAAAAAUCUCAUUUACUUAGAAGUUAUAUAAUGGGAUGUAUUUUUUUGCAUGAUUUGCAAUUAAUCCUUCACUUAUUGAAGCUUCAAGUUAUUAUAAGUGUAUGGAAAUUUAUUAAAAAUUAAAAUCAAAAUUAGAGCUAAAGAGAAUAGAUGCAAAGACAAUGAGCAAAGGGACAGAGAUUAGAAAGUAAAGUACAGUACUAGAGAAGAUCAGAAUAAACUUAGUAAAAUGGUACAUCUUGACUAGAAUAGUAAAUGCUUUCAACUUAUGAAGAAAAGCUAAGUCGAUGUGAUUUCUAGGAUUUCAUUAGAUCAGUUUUGGUGAUGCUUCUCUUACUGCAGAAAUGAUCCCAACUAGAAAUGUUUCCAGUCAUAUUUUUCAUCCCACAGUGAUAUCUUGUUACUGUCCUUAAAGAAUUAUUAUCUUAAUACUAAAUAAAUAUUUAGAAAUUUAAAACUCAAUUUAGGAGUUUCAAAGUGCAGUAAACAUAAUUGUAAGGUUUAAAUUUAUAUUUGUUUCACUGUUCCUCCCAGUUUUCUUAUGCGUGCUUUUGGCCCUUUUAAAAUAUACCUGUAUAUCACAUAUAAAAAAGUUUGGCUAAAUGGACGUGAAAAACAUUAUUAAAAUAUCUGAAUAAGUAAUCAUAGUAAUGUACUGUACUUACAUAUGGGUGGUACAUAGUUUAAUUGCUACAGAUGACUGCAAGUGUACAUAUUGGCUUGGCAGCACUAUGAGUAAAGUAUAAAGAAUGUUGCCCUCGUAUUAUCAAGGUUUGUGUAAUGCACUGGAUGUGAUUUGAUGUAAUGUUGUCAGAUGUAUAUUCUCUACACCAAAGAGCAGUUGAUUGAAGAAAUUUGUCAAUAAGUCAACAAGAUUAAUCAUCUUAGUGCCAGCUUGUAUGUUAGAUUACCUGUAACUAUAAUUGAAGGGCAGUAUACCUGCAUGCAUUUGCUGAUUACGGUUUAUGUAUUAAGUUUUACUGUAGUACAGUGGACCCCCGGUUAACGAUAUUUUUUCACUCCAGAAGUAUGUUCAGGUGCCAGUACUGACCGAAUUUGUUCCCAUAAGGAAUAUUGUGAAGUAGAUUAGUCCAUUUCAUACCCCCAAACAUACACGUACAAAUGCACUUACAUAAAUACACUUACAUAAUUGGUCGCAUUCGGAGGUGAUCGUUAUGCGGGGGUCCACUGUAUUUAUAGGCUCCUAGGAGUAAUAUAGAAAGCAUUAUAUUAUAUAUGUUUUGAUGACAUAUUGUAAAUUUGUGCACCAGGUUUAAGUGCAAAUUUGGAUUGGGUUCUAAAGUGACCUUCAGUUCAUUGGCAAUAACAGUGUUUUGGGACCAGUUCAGUUGCAUAACUGUAGAGGAGGGGGACAAGGUGAUAUUUUGUAAGCUUUGCUUAUUCUUGCAUUAGCUGCUGGAAAGAGCAAAAUCAUACUGAUGUAUCACUAUUGACAUACACAAAGCCAGAGAAUUUUAUUCUUUUUCAAAAUUUGUUUUGUAAAGUUUUGUUGAAAGUGUAGCAAAGAAUUGAGGUGCAUGUCCAGGUUAAAACAGAGAGAGUAAUAUUGACUGAUGAAGGAACUGCCAGUUUGUACUUGGUGUAGGCCCAGGCCUGUCUGAUGAGCUGCCUUCAUCUUCAUAUCACUACUUACUUGGGACUCAGUUUCUUGCUAGUAGACACCCAUUACAUAGUUGUGACAUUGAAGAAUUUCUAACAGCUGUUUUACACAUCUUUUUAUAGCAUUGUAGUUUAAGAUUAUAUGUGAAUAUUGGCAAAAUUGUAAUUACAAUCCAUUUGGAAUGUCAGAUAUUUUCAUGUAUAAUUUAUGAAUUUGUGGCAUGUGAAGGUGUAGCUUGUUUAAGGUCUGCACUAGAUAACUACUAGGCCAUCACUUGGCCUUCAAUGAGGCCAAGCAGUACACGCGUUAAUCAUCUUACUUGAGCCAGUCUUUUUUGUUAGAAUUAAGAUUACCUCUUGUCAUACUUUUUUAUCAUACACAAAUGCAGAUUUAUUUUCACAUUUUAAUAUUCUAAUGUAAGUUUAUGUAUUGCUUAGCUCUUGAGCAGUUAACUUGAUAUGUGAUAUGUUUUAGCUUUGUUUAUAGUCUCACAGCUUUGUUUCAACUAUAUCUCCAACUCCUUUAUAAACAUUAUCACUGUUUUUUCAGCUUCACACAAUUUAUGCGUAUAUUAUAAAAGUGAAAAUUCAAAUGCCUUGUAAAAUAUCCAUUAAGAAAAUUAUACUGUAAAUUGUGCUUUAUUAACCCUUAAACGGUCCUAACGUAGAUAUACGUUCUCUCGUGUAGCGCCCCAAAUAUACUUAUAUAUAUGUUUCCUUUGUCAUUCAUUCAAGAUUGACAUGAUAGGCCUGAGUCGCCUAGGCAUGAGAGAAUGUGUGUGCGCACUCAAGUGUGCACCAUAUGAAAAAAAUUGGGGAUGCCUGGGUAACACGUGCUCUUUUUUCCUAUUAAAAAAACUAUUUUUUUUUCUCAAAAUAUUCGGGGCGCUGCGCAGGUGAACGUAUAUGUAUGUUUGGACUGUUUAAGGGCUAAUAAGUAGAUAAUGCAGUUGGUCAGAGAUGAUUAAAUUGGUGAUAAAGUACUGUACUGUGUAUAGAAUAUCAGAUUUAAUUAUUGUUUGAAAUCUUUAUUAUAAUUGCCAAGUACUGUACAGUGACUUUCAUAGCAUAUUUAGGUCCAGACUGAGACUUUAUUUGAUACAGAUACUGUAGAGUUAUUUGUUAGAGUUUUUUAUAAGAUUUGAAAAAAAAAAUACCAUAUAUACUCUAGUGUAGGCUGAGGUUUUACAGCUAAAUUCUUAAGCAAAAAAGUAAAGGGUCAACAUAUUCGGAAGUAAUAUUUUGGAAAAACCUGGUAUUCUUACAUACUGAGGGCAUACUAUAUACUAAAUUCUUUUCUCUGUUUUAUCAAGGGCAAAAUCAUGCUCAGUAGCUAUAAAAAUAUUGGAUACUCUCAAGUAAAUGUGAGAAUAUCCAGCAGUUUCAUUUGCCCUGGUGAGGCACCAAGGAGCCUGGAAGACUGGAGACCUACUCGGGUUAUAUUGAGAUCUGGUCAAGUUCCAAGAAGACUUGAUCAGUUACUGUUACUAUUAGGUCUAAUCCUCCCUCCUUAGGUUAAGUUGUUUUGUGUUAGGUUCAGUUAGGUUAGGUUCAAGUUAAUUAACCUAAAUAUGCAAAAUCUACCACAUAUAUAACCUAAAGCAUAAGAAAUCCAAGAAUGCAGUAGAAAAUGCCUUCUUCUGUUUGCAAUGCAACAGAUCACUGGAGAGUUGUCAGAGUGGCUACUGUUCCCUCAAGAUUAACCUAUAUUUUAUUUUUCAUUACAGUUUAUUAAUGUGAAAUGUAAAUCAUGAUUGCAUAGGACAGUGUAAACAAAUUUAAACCCCCCAACCCCCAGUCCUCCCCCACCUGCCAACUGCUGACAUUUACCAUACUUGGAUAAUUAUGCUGACAAGCAGAACGGUGUAAAGAAUGAAUUCGUAAAUUUUUAUCACUCUCUACCAAAAAAAAAAAAAAGUGUUGGAUGUAAGCAGGACCCCCCUAGCUAGCGUGGGCCAG